AUGAGGACGCUUGCGAUAACGGCCAAGACCAGAGGCGAGACGAGCAAGUUUUCCCAUUGGCUGGACAAAGUCGAUGCUCAAUUGCAAGGAAAGCAACACGACAACGGAGAUGACAUGGAACUAGGGAAAGCGUCGUACAGCAGGUAUUGGGAACACGUCCCUAGAGUAGUCCCCAAGCCAGCGGGAUCAUUGCACGUAUUCUAUAACGGUCGUCAGGACCAAAAGAACAACCCAUGGGACGAAUUAGAAUUUUCAGAGGACGAAGAGGCUCUACCGCACCAGAGACAUCCAAAUGUGUUAGUGUCGCAAGACAUACCAGGGCCAAAUACGCUGGUCGGCGGGUUCAGACCUGCGGAUCAGGCCGGCGAUGAGGUCAUCUAUCGUUCAGUAACGAACCGAAUGCGGGCAAUAGCCUUGACUGAUUGUGGCGAUGCAGACUCCAUGAGCUCCAUUGGCGAUGAUUACGAUCUCCAAGAGGCAAGGGCACAAACGCAGAUUUCGAAACCAUCGCGACGUAAACAUCGAGGAGGCGGUGCAUUGCCCGGUCCGUCUCAAGGGUCGGAACUGAAGUCUUGCCCUGGCUUUCUAAAGCCAACAAAUGCCAAUGAUUUCUUCUCCGGAGAAUGUGCAGUAUGUUCUGCUAACGGAUGUGUAUUAACGCUGGCUCUUGAGCCCUUUUUGGCGUCGCAUUCGAAAACGGAGAACUUUCCCGAGGUGGACAGUUUUUCUAAACAGCUUUACCCUCUCGCCUUAGGCAAUUAUCCCGAGAGAGACAUUUUGUCAGACAGUCUUGUCUGCGAUAACUGCCGGUGCGCUUCAGGCAAACCGACGAGUUCCUCGGUUAUCAUGCCAUUAGUUUCGUACAGCCACAACCGUGGGGCUUGGCUCGAAACGAUCAACCAGGCCACGGGAAGGCGCUUCGACAAGUCCGACCUCCCUCUCAUAUGGCUGGCUAUCGUAUAUACCAAAUUGGAAAACCUCGCCCUUAAUACUGAGGCUAGCUUUAGCAAGUAUUAUCGGGAGGCGCUCGAGUGGGAAUGUAGCAUGACUCAGUCCUCGGUCCAACUUCAAGCGCCCUCAAUUCAGAAAGGGAUGCCGCAUGAUCUGGACAGGGGAAUCAUCCAAGAUGCGGUUCUACUCAGCUUCCGAGAUGCCUUGGUGAAAGAUAAGGUACCAAUAUUUCUUUACUACCCCAUUGAAGGCUUCAUCGUUGCCAAUGCCAUUCUUUCCAACUCACGACGCAGCGGGGCACUUGGGUCGGACAAACUGAGAAGAGUAGUCUUGAUGCGGUUUCUAUUCCACAUCGUUGAAUCACUUCACCGCAUCGAUUAUCCAACCGGGGAAAUCCGACAGUCCAUGAUCAAGUUGUUGCUCAUCCGCGACGACGAGCGAGGAUCGCGUAGUCCCUUACGUUGGAGCUCCUCAAUACGCAAGAUCUCCGGGUACCUAACGGCGCAUGACAGUAGUCUCGGGAAAAGAUCCACCACGUCACUUCUGACGGUGGUGGCACAGAGCGCAUACAAGGUUACAAUAUCUGUCGCGGAGCUGGUGGCUACAGAUCUAGUCAGCACCGAGGAUCUGGCGAGUUUCCAGAGGCUGGGACACCUAUUCAGCUGGAUCCAAGAUGGCAGUGCUGGCCAUGCUCUUGCCGUCUUCGUCCAUUAUAUGCUUCGAAUGAACGGCGAAGAAUCUGAGCCAUUAGCUCACUUUCAAGUUAUCUUGGCGCAGCCCGAGAUCCAAAACGCAUUUUCACAGCCAGAAUUGCUCAGCGCGCGUGGUGUGGUGCAAAGAAUCAAGGCCCUUCCUAGCUGCGAGGAGUAG